CCAGAGUCAGCGCCGACCCCACAAGCUCAGCGCUCUUCCCGCAGCCGCCCCCCGCAGACGCCAGUCCCGGCCUCUGGACACGCGUCCUCAUUUCCGAACCCCGCCCGCAAACCAAGGGCGCCCACACCCUCCUCGGGGUCAGUCACGUGGCAGAACCGCUCAGAACUCUGCGGAGCGCCGGGCGCACCCACGGCGGGGUCUAAGAGACGCCCCCCCAGAAACAGCCACGCGGGGGAGACGCCCGGGGCGAGGGAGCUGCUGGGAAAGGGGGCGGCGGGCGAUCCGCUUCGCCUCCCCACACCCCUCACAAGAGCCUUUCCUUCAAGACCCGCUGGCAGCCCCCAGAGCGCGAGCCACGGCCGGGGCCGCCCCGUGCACGAGCCCGUUUGCUCACGGGAACCCCACGUUUUCACGGAGCCUCCAUAAUCCGAACAGGGUCAAGUAGGGACGGGACCACGGACCACAGCGCCGCCCACGCGGGCACCGCAGCUCCUCAGCUCGCAGCCCGGGGAAGGUGCGGGGCUGCGGCCGCAGAUGACAACAAGGGCUGCAGGCUGGGCCAGAGCCGCCGUGCCGGGACCGACGGGAGCCCGGGUCCCUCCGCGACGGCUGAGCGGCGGCCGCGGGGACUCGGCUCCCAGACUCCGUCCCGCCGCCGCCAUUUCCCGCCGGUUCCGAUGAGGCCUCCGCAGCCUCGGGACGCCCUGCCCCGCACACUCACCAUUUCUGGGCUUCGGGGUGUCGCGGAGUCUUAGCUACGAAUCACCCGAGACCCCAGGUCACAGAGCGACGGAGGCCGAGGCUGCGGCUGAAUCACCCCGGCCUCCCUGAGGGGGCGGAAGCAGGGCGCCGAGGCCCUAACCGAGCUGGGGCUGGAGCAAAAG